AAUGAGGUCAAGGAAGUCGUCGUGCCGAAGCCUGACGUUGCGAUCACAGACGAGACGAAGAUCACCGAGUUAGGUACCGUGCAGAGGUCGGUCGAAAAUCAUCUACUUAUCAAAGGGUCUACACCAGGCGAAUACCAAGUAUUGGAGUCGGGGUCGGUGCUUUGCAACGACAAGCGCGAAGUCAUCGGCGUAGUAGCAGAGACGCUAGGCCGAGUGCAGGAGCCAAUGUACAGCGUCGCCUUCACUAACCAGCAAGAG